GGGGGUGAUCAGGACGAUUUUUAAAAAAAUCUACAUUGACCUGGGAAGACGUUCUGCAAUUAAAGGCUGAAAAUGAAGAAAUUUUUGCAAAACAAAAAAAGCAGAUCUUCAUUGCGCCAGACCAAACGCAGCUCUCGGUGUCAAUCCAAAGAUUUCUUCCUCAGCAUGCCGGCGUCUAACCAGGGCUGGCCUGAGGAAUUUGGAUUCCAGCUUGGUGGGAAUGGACCGAGCUACAUCCUAUCUGUAGAGGAAGGAAGCAGCGCCCAACUGGCCGGCCUUCAGGCUGGAGAUCAAGUGUUGGAAAUCGAAGGCCACAAUGUGUCAACGCUUUGUCCGCAAGCUGUUGUUGCCAUCGCCCAGACGCAGAAGAACAUCCCGCCCAGCAUUGGUGUGGUGUCCCGUAUCCAGCAGAUGGACAUCGUACCAGGUCCUGAUGGCCGUUACGGUUUCACCAUUGUGGGAGAUUGCCCAUUGCUGGUGGAGGACUGCUUACCGUGCUCCCCGGCGGGCCGUGCGGGUUUGAGGGCAGGCGACUGCGUGAUGGAGGUCAACGGCAUCCCUGUCAGGCAGCACGAGAUGGCCGCGGCGCUCAUCAAGUCUUCCCAGGGGAGGACUUUGCGGUUGGGCGUGCUGGGCCUUGGCACGAGGCAGAAAGUCAGCCUCGGCAUGGAGGAUAACCGGAUCGGAGGGGAAAGCACAAGAGCGGACCGGAAAUACAAGGCCCUGGAGUUCAACGGGAAGGUUGAGCAGAUUUUAAGCGAGGAGCCCAACGUGAAGGAGAGACUCUUCAGCGUGCUGAAGCAAUACGCGGCGGAGAAGAAUGUCGACUGGUUGGCCUCCGUCUUGCCCGAAAUCCUCAUCACUGAUGACCAUCGACAGCUCAUCUCCAAUAUCAGAAUCUUCAUUCCCAAGAAGCACCGACAGCGCUUCGACGAAUCCGUCUCCCAGAACGUAAUCAACAGGCUGCGUCGCAGUAAGAGCAUCAGCGAACCGCAGGGCAGAAUCCGUCGCAGCCGGAGCGAGGACCACUCGGACCGCCACCACGGGACCAAACGGGCCAGUUCGGUGCCCCGGGAUGGAGGCGAACCUGGUGGGAGGGGCGAGGGGGAAAGAGACAGAGCCCACAGGAAGUCAGUCUCCGGAGUACCGACACAUCCUCCCAUUGGACCCAAUCAGAGGCUCAUCCGCGUCUACAGAGGCAAGAAGACCUUUGGCUUCACGCUGCGGGGUCACGCUCCGGUUUGCAUCGAUUCAGUCAUCGCAGAUAGUCCGGCUGAAGAAUGUGGACUUAAACCGGGCGACCGCAUCCUCUUUCUCAAUGGACUGGAUAUGAGGAACUGUUCCCAUGAAAAGGUGGUGUCAAUGCUGCAGGGCAGCGGUGCGAUGCCCACGCUGGUUAUAGAAGACGGUCCGUCUGAUUACUCCUCAGACCCGACAGAAGCGGAGGAAACUCCCAGUCUGUCUUCCAACACCUUGCCGCGCUCUAGAUCUCCUGUCCUCAGCUCCCUCCAGUGGGUGGCAGAGAUCCUUCCGCCAAGCAUCAAAGUCCACGGGCGGACAUUCGGCCAGCAGCUGGACCACUUAUUGACAAUCCAGGAACGGUACACUGUCUGCAAGGCCCUGGAGACCUUCUUUCAGCACAGGAAUGUGGACACCCUUAUAGUAGAUGUAUUCCCAGUCUUGGACACGCCGGCUAAGCAGCUGAUCUGGCAAUUUAUUUACCAGUUGCUGACUUACGAUGAGCAGGAACGCUGUCAAAGCAAGCUGUCACGCUUCCUGGGUUUCAAAAGCAGCGCUGUAUUAGAGCCCGAAACGGGUUCGGAGCACCACCGGAGAAGCAGCUCAGUGCGAAUAUCUGGGACAUCGUAUCGCGGCUGCGUGCGAGAGAGGAGUUCUGAUGACUGCAUCAUCGGAACUCACCUGGGAAUGGGAAUUCAUGUGGAUGAAUGUGGCAGCCAGGAGGAGAGGCAGUCGGGAGACGGAACCUCCUUCCCCGAGUCUCCUGACCUCAGCCAUAUGUCAGGUGUUUACACGGAGCUGGAGAAUGUGUACGCAGGGAAGAGCGUGUCUCCGCUGCAUGGGGUCGCCCAGGCGGAGUCCGAGGGGCCGGGACAGACUGAGGCCUACGGCCGCUCUCUCUCCCCCCUCACGCUUCCCCCUCUCAAAGGCAACCGGAAGUCAGGCUUGUCCCUCACCUGGAAGGAGCCCCUCCCUACCAACGUCUACGGGAUCCACCACCAAAGCAGCGUGGACUCCAAUCCCUACGUCAGCCUGGAGAGCCCCCCAACGUCUCCCCAACACAGCCCCGGCACGUUGGGCCGCCGCAAGAAGCUGUUCACCUUUUCCCGCCUGCCCCGCAGCCGGGAUACCGACAAAUUCCUUGAUGCCCUCAGCGAGCAGUUGGGCCGGCGGGUCACGCCGGCGGAUGACUACGUGCCGGGCGAGAACGACUAUGAGGAGAUAUAUCAAGGUGCUUGUCAUGGUUUCAGAAGAAGAGGUGCGCCUAUGAGCUUCCCUGAGGAUCAGGACACGGGUUUCAUGCAUCGGCAACUCAGCAGUGGCAGCAGUGAGGAACACAGUAGCAGUGACGAGGUUUCCUCUCCCUGCUACUCUUCUGGCUCCGAGCACAUUCCCCCUCCUCCGAAACAGAGCCCCCCACCCCCUCCACCCUUCCAAGUCUUGUUACCGCCUCCGGUCCAGUUCACGGAUCCCGUGCCACCCGUCCGCUUCUCCCCAGAACACGUCCCCCGCAGUCGGAUGCCCUUCCAGCCCCACCAUCCCAUCAUCCCACCUCCGCCACCCCCGCUGAGGACCCUCCUGUCCAACCGCUCCCCGCUCCACAAGGUCUCGCCCACCAGGGAGGACGCGGACGAACAGCGUUUCCAAACGCUGUCUCGCGGCCGCACCACCUUCACCACGACCACCAUCCUGCGCUCGUCCCGCCCCGGCUACCUCCCCCGCCAGCUCAGCCAACCGCAGCCCAUUUGCCAGCCGUCCCCGCUGCCGUCUCCGCAGACAUUACGGCCCAGCCAGCUCGUCCUGCACAGGCACCAUCAGCUCCACCACCAGCACAGCUACCAGGGUCCGCUGCCCACGUCCAUCGAAGAUCACAGCCCACCGCGGAGUCACAAACAAGACCCCGCCGCCUCAUUUAGCAAACCCUCAAGCUCUCACUCCGCCCUCUGCAGCCACACGAAAAUACCCAGACAAGAGCCAGAGUGUCAGCAGGCUCCUCCCCCUCCUCCUCCUCCCUUGCCCCCACCCUGCGACCCACCUCCACUCCCAAAACCGGGUCAAGCCUUAGACACCAAUCACAUGAGCGUGAAGAGGCUGCGCUGGGAGCAGGUGGAGAACUCCGAGGGAACCAUCUGGGGUCAGCUCGGGGAGGAUUCCGACUACGACAAGCUCACGGACAUGGUCAAGUAUUUGGACCUUGAUCUGCACUUUGGUACUCAACGCAGAUCCAUGUCUCCACCAGAGCCGACCUUCCUGCCUGAGAACUUAAAAAAGAAAGAUGUUGUGGAGAUUCUGUCUCACAAGAAAGCCUACAAUGCGUCCAUCCUCAUCGCCCAUCUGAAGCUCUCCCCCGACGAGCUACGGCAGGUGCUGAUGGACAUGACCACUGACAGGCUGGAGCCCGCCCACAUCAAGCAGCUACUGCUCUACGCCCCCGACGAGGACGAAGUCAAAAAGUACGAGCAGUUUGAGCAAGACCCGGCCAAACUGAGCGAGCCCGACCAGUUCAUUUUCCAGAUGCUGAUGGUACCCGAGUAUAAGACCCGUCUGAGGAGUCUCCACUUCAAGACCACCUUGCAGGAGAGGAUGGAAGAGAUGAAGGUGGCCUAUGAUUACAUCUACAAGGCCUCAGUGGAGCUGAAGACCAGCAAAAAAUUGGCCAAAAUCCUCGAGUUUGUACUUGCUAUGGGGAAUUACCUCAACAACGGCCAACCAAAAAGCCACAGGACCACCAGCUUUAAGAUCAAUUUCCUCACCGAGCUCAGCACGACCAAAACGGUGGACGGGAAAUCUACUUUUCUCCACAUUCUGGCCAAGUCUCUGUGCCAGCAUUUCCCGGAGCUGCUUAACUUUUCCAGAGACCUCCCCACAGUGCCUCUGGCAGCCAAGGUGAACCAGAGGGUGGUCACCACAGAGUUGAGUGACCUUCAGGCGAUCAUCCUGGACAUCAGAGCAGCAUGUCUGAAAAUCCCGCUCACCUCUGAGGACCACUUUGCUUCUGUCAUGAGUAGUUUUUUGGAGAACAGCCACCCCGCAAUACAGUCUCUGGAGUCCCUGCAGAGCCGAGCGAUGGAGGAGUUCUCCAAAGUGGCCUCCUUCUUUGGAGAAGACAGCAAAUCCACCAGCACAGAUUCCUUUUUUGCUAUUUUCGCAGAGUUCAUUUCUAAAUUUGAGCGAGCCCUCAAUGAGACUCAGACCCCCGAAAAUCCCAGAAGUCCAAGACUGUCCUCCCCUCUGGCCUGGUAGAUGCAACACAGUCCAAACCCCACUACCAAAGUGCCAAAAAUCACACAUGGUGACGCCCCCCCCCCAAAAAAAAA